GUCUGCAUUUCACAAGAAAGAAAGAUCAAAUUCUGAACUAAACCAAAAACUCAUAAAUCAAUUGGGGAUUCGAUCAACAGUCUGCUCCUCUCCGUUGUCACCGCAAAGAUCCAUGAAUGAAUCUCGCAAAAAUCAGGUGUCGCUGCGCGGAGCCAGCGCCAAGGAAAUUACGAGGGAUGCCCUUUUGGAUAGGGUUAAUCAGGAAAGGGAACUCCGGAAUUACGCCCGGCGAGCCAAGGCCGCCGCUUUGCUCAUUCAGAGAACUUGGAGGCGGCACCACGCAACGGAAUCCGCGGCUUUGCUGCUCCGAGUGGAGUGGGAAAUGAUGAUGAGAAGACGUUCGGGGUCUCUUACUGGAGUGCAGAUGUCCGUGGAGAUUUUGAGACCUUUUCUCUUCUUUAUAGAGUAUUUGUGUGUUCGACUUGGGAAGAUUGGAUCGAGAGAUAGGGAGUGUAUGAUGAGUUGCUUCAGAAUAGUUUUGGAGGAUGUAACUUCAAAGGAUCCAUGCAAAAGCUUUUGCUCAAUGACAGUUGGAAGUAUUGAAGAGAGAAGAUUGUGGUUCUAUCAAUCAAAGAAGCUGAUUUCUGUUUGUUUGUUUGUUUUAUCAUUGUUUGACUACUCCCAUCCAAGGGCUGAAGAUAUUGUCCUCACAUCAACAGCAAUGCGUUUGUCAGUUAUCUUAACUGAUCCAAAAGGUUGGAAUCACAUUCCCCUUGAUGGAAAAAAGGAUGCAAAUGCUGCAGUAAAAAAUCUGAUAGAGUUUGCUGGGAGUAAAAGGAGUAGGUUGUAUGAUUGCAUUAGGAAAUUUAUUUUGACACUGGAAGCUCCUUUUUCUUCUAAAGACUGGCCGAAAGACGACAGAUUUGUAAUAGUUGCCAGUGCGAUAACUUUAUCUUUGCGGCCCUUCCACCUAACAAACAUUGACAUAAAUGAGAAAGCUACAAUGGAAUCUGCUAUUCAGCACUACUGCAUCUCAAUGCUUACAAUACCUUGGUUUCCUCAACGCUUACCUGCAAUACUUGUACCUGCUCUUAGACACAAGUCUGUAUUAUCAUUAUGCCUCAGGAACUUACUGAUCUUAAAAGAGAAUAUUUUGGAGGAAAUUUCUGAGAUGGAUCAGUUAAAAAUAACAUCCAGAAAGAUGCCACAUGUCGGCUGGGCUCUUGCUAACGUUGUCUGCCUUGCAACAGAGAGUGGUAUGAGUGCAGCAGAUUUGGGUAAAUUUACCGAAAGCUUGGACUAUUCAUCCUAUCUCCAUGUGGUUAUUUUAUUGGCAGAGAACUUGUUGGUUUCACUUGAAAACUCCACACAGAGAAAAAUGAAAAAUGAAGAAAUAGGAGGUGAUUAUGAUCCUUCUGUCGAAUCCUUUCUUGACAUGGAUGAAACAACUUGUGGGUCCCCAAAUUUAUCAUAUUUGGACACUUUUAGACCUAUUUGUCAGCAGUGGCAUCUUAAGGAACUCCUUGCAAUUGAAAAAAGUGGGUCUAUCUGUGAAAAUGAUAGGCUCUCUUUGGGAAAUCCAGAGUACUCAUCGAAGCAGGGAUUGCUUCUAAUAACUUAUUAUUAUUCAUGCAUACUUCAAUUGUUUUCCGCUUUGGGUCCUGUGAUCAAAUCCUUUUCAGUCCUCAACAUGCUGUCAUUCACCCCUGGGUUUCUUCCAAGAUUGUGGGGAGAGCUAGAAAAAACUCUCUUUCAUGAUAAUAUUCCCAUUGCCAACACAAACUUAGCCUGUUCGAAUACAUUAACUGGAGAUAGAAGUGGUGGCAUUUCAGGAAGGAGGCAAAAGAGUCUUAGUAAAGAAACUAGCAAUAAAUGGGUUAAUAUGUUUCAUAAGAUCACUGGAAGAUCACCAACAGAAAAUGAUCCCAUUGACUCGGUCAAUGACCAAACCAGCAUUGGCCAUAUUGAGGAACAUCCUUCUGAAGAAUGGGAUAUUGAGUCACUAAGGCAGGGCCCUGAAGGUAUAUCAAAAGAUAUAUCUCGUUUGCUCCUACUCUUCUGUUCCAGUUAUUCGCAUCUGCUGUUGAUUCUUGAUGACAUUGAGUUUUACGACAAGCAGGUCCCAUUUACGUUAGAGCAACAGCAGAAGAUCACAUCAAUGUUGAAUACACUUGCUUAUAACUCCUUAUCCCGGGGUAUUAGCCCUCAAUACAGAGUUCUUGUAGAUUCUGCAGUUCGAUGCCUACAUUUGUUAUACGAAAGGAAUUCAAGGCGGCAGUUUUGCCAUCAUUCUUUGUGGCUUGCUCCGGGUAAAAAUAAUAGGAUGCCAAUUGCUGUUGCUGCCAGAACUCAUGAAGUUUUCUCAGCUGCGGAUGGAGCGCCCUCCCCGAGUGAGGGUUCUGUUAUUACUACCAUGCCACAUAUAUUUCCCUUUGAAGAAAGAGUUAAAAUGUUCAGAGAAUUUAUCAGCAUGGACAAGGUUUCAAGAAGAUUGGCUGGUGAAAGCACUGUACCUGGGUCUCGCUCAAUUGAGAUUGUAGUUCGUCGAGAUCAUAUAUUUGAAGAUGGAUUGCGACAAUUGAACUCACUUGGUUCUAGGUUGAAAUCAUCCAUCCAUGUUUCUUUUGUCAGUGAAUCUGGCCUUCCAGAAGCUGGCCUCGACUAUGGUGGACUGUCCAAGGAGUUCUUGACUGACCUCUCAAAAGUAGCCUUUUCACCAGAGUAUGGGCUUUUCUACCAGACCUCAACUGUUGACAGGCAUCUAAUCCCAAAUACAAGUGCAAGAUUAUUGGAUAACAUAAUGGGGAUGUUUGAAUUUCUAGGAAGAAUUGUUGGUAAAGCUCUGUAUGAAGGAAUCUUACUAGAUUUUUAUUUUUCCCAUGUUUUUGUGCAAAAGUUAUUGGGACGCUAUAACUUUCUGGAUGAACUCUCCACUCUUGAUCCUGAGCUGUACAGGAAUCUCAUGUAUGUUAAGCAUUAUGAUGGAGAUGUCAGAGACCUCGUUUUGGAUUUUACGGUUACUGAAGAAUCUCUUGGAAAACGGCUUGUUAUUGAACUAAAACCUGGGGGUAAGGAUAUAUGUGUGACAAAUGAUAACAAAUUGCAAUAUGUUCAUGCAAUGGCAGAUUAUAAGCUUAACAGACAGAUACUUCCUUUUUCAAGUGCAUUUUUACGAGGGUUGACAGAUUUGAUAUCACCUUCUUGGUUAAAGUUAUUUAAUGCAAGUGAAUUUAACCAGUUGCUUUCGGGCGGGAACCAUGACAUUGAUGUUGAUGAUUUGAAGAAACAUACACAGUAUACUGGGGGCUACAGUGAAGGGAGUCGAACAAUUAAACUUUUUUGGGAGGUAUUUGCAGGAUUAGAACCAAAAGAACGAUGUAUGCUACUUAAGUUCGUUACCAGCUGUUCUAGAGCACCAUUGCUUGGGUUCAAGCACCUUCAUCCAGCUUUUACUAUCCAUAAGGUGAACUGCGAUACUCCUCUUUGGGCUUCAUUUGGGGGACCAGAUGUAGAUCGGCUGCCAUCAGCUUCUACAUGUUAUAACACUCUGAAGCUCCCGACAUACAAACGUUCGAGCACUCUGAGAGCAAAACUUCUCUAUGCGAUUAAUUCCAAUGCUGGAUUUGAACUGUCUUAGUUCUAAAUUCGACAUCUGAUGUUGUUGCAGAAGCUUCUAGAUCAUUUGAGGAUCUUGCAAGUUUACAGAAGACACGGUUAUCACCUGUACCAGCCACAGGUAGGAGGGGUAUCACUAGUCGAGGGAUAUCGGCCGACAGACUUUGAGAAUCUCUUCGAGCAUUGGUUAACUGCAUUCUUCGUUCUCCGAAAUGUGUAGUUUGAUCAUGAUACUGAUUCUGUUGUUAUGCUGAAAUAAACUUCCAAUGGUGUCAAAUUAUUGGAAAAUAUACUGAUUCUUUGAUUUCCAUUAGAGUUUCAUUCAUAGAAACAUCAUGUUUGUGAAUAAACCACUAAAUGUGUCAGUCGAUUGAAAAGAAAUUAUUUUUUGCUUUGCAUUUAAUUUGUA